GCAAACUCCAAAGAUAGAAUUUGUUAUCUCACCUACCUUAAUUAUAUACUUGCAAAGGAAUGGAAAGAAUACAGCAUAAUACAGUCUCCGUCAACGGCAUCAACAUGCACGUGGCGGAGAUCGGCGACGGCCCCGCCGUGUUAUUUCUGCACGGAUUCCCGGAGCUGUGGUACACGUGGCGCCACCAAAUGCUUUUCUUAGCGUCGAAAGGCUACCGGGCGAUCGCCCCCGACCUGCGAGGCUACGGGGACACAGACGCGCCGCCCAGCGCCGACAGCUACUCCGUCUUCCACAUAGUCGGAGAUCUGGUGGCGCUGCUGGAUGCUCUUCAACUGCCGGAGGUUUUCUUGGUCGGCCACGACUGGGGCGCCAUCAUCGCCUGGAAUUUCUGCAUGUUCCGACCGGACCGGAUCAAGGCUUUGGUCAACAUGAGUGUUGUGAUUAGUCCUAGACAUCCUACCAGGAAGCCUUUGGAGAAUAUGAGGGAGACGUUUGGGGAUGACUUUUACAUUUGCAGAUUUCAGCAACCCGGUGAAGCAGAAGAGGUGUUUGGAAGCAUAGACCCGACAACACUAUUCAAAGCAUUUCUUACAAAUCGAGAUCCACGGCCGCCUCGCAUACCCCACCAAAGUGUAGCGCAGGUAUUGUACGAGAAACGGGGUGAAACGGUGUCGUUGCCUCCUUGGCUCACCCAACAAGACAUCAAAUAUUACGCUACCAAGUUUGGGCAAUCUGGUUUCACCGGAGGACUCAACUACUAUCGCAAUUUUGACCGAAAUUGGGAGCUUACAGCAGCCUGGAGUGGAUCACAAAUUCAAGUCCCGGUUAAGUUUAUCGUGGGAGACCAAGACUUAACCUAUCACUUCCCAGGCGUGAAAGAACUCAUACACGAAGGUGGUCUAAAGAAAAUUGUGCCAAAUUUGCAACAAGUUGUUGUUAUGGAAGGAGUGGCUCACUAUAUCAACCAAGAAAAGCCUGAAGAAGUCAACAACCACAUUCUCGAGUUCAUCCAAAACUUCCAUUAAAAUGUACGUUAAUUAAGAAAGAAUGAAUAAUAAUAUGAUCCAUGUUGCUUUUAAACUAUAUGUAUGUUUCAUACCUUGAUACAGAGUACAAUAGGGUGGUUAUAUCUUAUGUUUUAAAAAUACUUGUGUUUGUUUGCCGUUAGGAGCUCAA